AUGACUGAUCGUGAAGAAAAUCGAAUAAACCAAUUUUUGUCAGACACCGACUUUAAUUCUGACAGUUCUUUUUUUACGGAUGAUACUGACAAUGACCCAACUUUUCUACCAGGAGGUCAUCGAAACACAAAUCCAAGUUCAAGUCCAAGCUCAACUUUAGAUAAUUUGUAUACUCCUGGCCCUUCGACAGGUACGUUACAAAAUCAAAUUGAUUAUUCUAACGAUGAAAAUUCUUUUGACAACACAUCUAGCGAUGAUAGUGAUUAUAAUAAUUCUAAUUCUAAUUCAACUGAUACAUUAUGGAAGGAUGACUAUAUACCUAUACCUGAUUUUAAUUUUGAUACUACAACUAGUGGAAUCAAAUUAAAUAUUGAAGAAACUGCUCGUCAUUCCCCAAUUGAAAUAUUUAAUCAAAUUUGGACUAAAGAAGUUAUUGACAUUAUCGUGAAAUCUACAAAUGCAUACGGAUUAAACCAAAAAAAUAAAAAUCGACCUCAUGGAAAAUAUUCUCGUAAAUCUAAAUUUACUGAAACUGACCCAGAAGAAAUAAAAAAAUUUCUUGGAAUGUGUAUGCUUAUGGGUUCAUUAAAAUUUCCAUCAUUGCGGGAUAUUUUCUCAAAUAAUCCAUUAUAUUAUCACCCUAUAAUAAAAUACACCAUGUCAGGGCGACGUUUUGAACAGCUUCUCGCGUACUUCAGCGUUGAAUAUUCAGGUCUAUCCACAGAUACUGGCCCAAUGAGCAAAUUAAAUCCACUGUUCAAAAUACUAAUUGCAAAUUUUCAAAAAGCAUUUUACCCGGGAGAAGAUUUAUCUUUAGACGAGUCACUACUGUUACAUCGCGGAAGAUUAAGCUUUAGGCAAUAUAUAAAGGGCAAGAAGGCAAAAUAUGGGAUAAAGUUUUUUGAACUAUGUGAUCCUAAUGGAUACGUGUUAAAUAUUGAAGUUUAUAAGGGUAAAAAUAAUUAUUUAUUGCCGUCAACAAAUUCUAAAACAGAUAGCCUAGUCCUUAGGCUUAUGGAUCCAUAUUUAUGCAAAGGCCACAGUUUAUUCAUGGACAAUUAUUAUAACAGCACUACUCUUUCCGAAUUAUUAUUAAAAAAAAAAACACAUAGUACGGGAACUCUGAGAAGCAAUAGGAAAGGAAAUCCUGAAGAGGUCACUAAAAAGAAAUUGAAAAAGGGUGAUCACGUAUGGCAGAGAAAAAAUGAAAUUUACAUUUCAAAAUGGAAAGACAAACGUGACGUCACAAUUAUCACUACCAAAUAUCAUCCACAAAUCGUCACAUCAACCAAUAAAUAUGGGCAACAAAAGUUAAAACCUAUAGAAAUUGUAAACUAUAAUGAAAAAAUGAGUGGAGUUGAUAGAUCUGACCAAAUGGUUAGCUAUUACAGUUCACCCAGAAAAACAUGUAAAUGGUAUAAGAAAGUUAUACUUCAUUUAUUAGACCUUGCUGUAUGGAACACUUAUUAUAUAUACAAAAAAAAAUUUAAUGAUGAAAAUACAAAUUUCAAGGAUUUUAGGGACAUGAUAAUCAAGGAUUUAAUUUCGCUGCCUCCAAAUAUUACAAGUUAUGAAAUUUGUACAGCAAAUAAAAAUAAAAAAGGAAGAAAAAAACCUACAAACGUUGCUGACAGUUCUCAUUGUCAAGAGAAUAUACCAAUUCCACCGGGUUACAAAAGAAAAAAAUAUUAUAAAAAUUGUCUAUAUUGUUACAGCUUGAACAUCAAACGCAGAAGACAAACAUAUCUGCAAUGUAAACAAUGUGUUGUUCCAUUAUGUCCAGGAAAAUGUUUUGAAAUGUACCAUUCCUCGAAAUAA